UGGGGAGUGCACUUGUGAAUGAGCGGGGGCAGACUUGUUUCUUCUAUACGUAUCGACCCGAAAAUUUGUCAAUCCCUGUGUCAUUGGGUUUCUGUAAUUCUCGUUUAGAACGGUAUCCAAGAUGAGCUCUGCCAACGUUGUAGAGUUGUCUGCUGAUGACAUGAUUGGCAAGUCAAGAGGGAAAAAAAGUAAAAGGAGGCUGGAUUCUGCCUUGGGAACAAUCGAACAUGAAUGGAAUACCCAGACUAAGAGCAAGAAAGUUCGCCGAAAAUCUAAAAUGCGACAAGAACCCGAGGAAAACAUAGUCUCAGUUGCAAGUAGUACAAUUCAAAAUGACUCAAGUGCUUUAGAUCAAGGGCCUUCACCGGUUGAUGAGUCAAGCCCUUCUAUUCCUGCUUUUGGUCCAGCUCCAAUUUGUCGGCAAUUUUGGAAAGCUGGGAACUACGACAUGGGAGAGGGUUCUAAAACCCAGCAUCAAAAAGGGGCGAAUCAUUUACAUGUCCACCCAAUGUUCCUUCACUCAAAUGCCACCUCACAUAAGUGGGCAUUCGGUGCUAUAGCAGAGUUGCUUGACAAUGCAGUUGACGAGGUACGAAAUGGGGCUACUUCUGUUGUUGUAGACAAGACUACAAAUCCACGAGAUGGAAGCCCAGCUUUGCUCAUUCAAGAUGAUGGUGGUGGAAUGGAUCCGAAAACUAUAAGGCGUUGUAUGAGCUUUGGAUUUUCUGAUAAGAAAACGAAAUGCUCCAUUGGGCAGUAUGGAAAUGGGUUCAAGACAAGUUCUAUGAGACUUGGAGCAGAUGUUAUUGUGUUUGCCCGUCGCUUGAAAAAGAGGACAGUGUCUCAAAGCGUUGGACUCCUCUCAUACACAUUUUUAAGACAAUCAGGACACGACAGAAUAGUAGUGCCACUGUUGGAUUAUGAGUUCAAUCCAUCAACUGAGAAGUUGGGACCCAUAUUUUCUUACGGCAAGGAACAUUUUUCGUCCAAUCUGUCGGUUCUGCUGCAGUGGUCUCCAUAUUCAACGGAAGAAAUGCUGUUGAAACAGUCCAGUGGGCAGUUUGAUGACAUAGGGCAUCAUGGAACAAAGAUCGUUAUAUACAAUCUUUGGUUGAACGACAAUGGAGAUAUGGAGCUAGAUUUAAAUUUUGAUGUGGAAGAUAUUCGUGUGAAUGCAGACUCAAAGCUGCUUCAGGCUGGUUCCUUGAAAACUUCAGCUUCUGACCACCAUAUAGCUAACCUUUACCCUUUUUCACUCCGUGUAUAUUCCUCCUUUUUAUACCUAAGGCUUCCUCAAGAAUUCAAAAUAAUUCUUCGGGGACGAGUUGUGGAACAUCAUAAUAUUGCCGAUGAUAUCAAAUUUCCUGAGUUUAUACUGUACAAGCCUCAUGGUCAGAGCAAGGAGGCUGCAGUUGUUACUACUAUUGGAUUUUUGAAGGAUGCUCCUCGUAUGAAAUUCCAUGGGUUUAAUGUCUACCACAAGAACAGUCUUAUAUUGCCAUUUUGGCGUGUCAAGCAUGCAACCAACAAUACUGCGAGAGGAGUUGUUGGUGAAUACUGACUAAGCCUUAGUCCAUUUAUCCUGUUCGAUCACAUUUUUUGGUUUCCGAGUUAUAUUUUGUUAGGUUUUAAUGAAUAGUCCAUUUAGCCUACUCACGAUAAACAAGAUUUUGAGAAGACACCCAUUUUCCAAAAGCUUGAAGCGCGAUUGAAAGACAUGACAAUGGAAUAUUGGCAUUUCCAUUGUGGAUUGAUUGGUUAUCAGCUAGUGAAAAAAACUCAAACAAAGCCCAAGCCUUCUCAGGAACCCCUUUUGUCAAAAGCUAAUGGGUUUCUCCAACCGUUGGUACUGAAUCAGAGGUCCUCUGUAAGUGU